GGAGAAAGUUGUAAGCGGCGAUCUGAAUCCCGCAAAGCGCUUGUGGUCAAAAUCAUUUACCUUAUGUGGCUGUGCAGCGGUCUCCGCUCUUCAAGUCAAGAAUUUUUUUUUGGUGCGAAACGCUUUGGCCAUUUGCGGGGGACCCUAACUUUGCCAUUGUACCGCCAUUGAAUCCAUCUAUAAAAUGGCAUGGGAUUCUUUGAGGUCAAUAUCUUUCCCCCUCCUUAUCUCCUCACAGCUUCAUCGUCAGCUUUAAUGGCCUCCUGCGAGGAACAGACAAAGGCCUCUACUUGGCUCAUCACUGGCUGCUCGCGCGGUAUCGGACUUGAGUGUAUCCGCCAGUUAAGCACUCGACUCUCGGGAGAAGACAUUCUCAUUGCCACAUGCCGCUCACCCCGCUCGGCCGAUCAGCUCGAAAGGACUCUCCACACUUUCAAGGCUAAGACCCACAUCCUGCAGCUCGAUAUCAUUGAUGAAGAGAGCGUGAAACGUGCCGUCCGCGACACGGAGGCGAUCGUCGGGGAGAGAGGAAUUGAUUAUCUCCUCAGUAACGCUGCUAUCAUUCUUAACGAUAACUUGACGAACUGGAACUUCGAUGAAUGCAUGUCAAUAUUCAAAACAUGUGUUGCCGGGCCUACCCUCGUCGCUACGCAUUUCAUACCACUUGUAUCGAAGAGCAGGGAAAAAGUUUACGUCAACUUUUCGUCGAACCUCGGCUCGGUCACUACCGCAUGGAAUGACAUUUAUCUUUCUUAUUCGAUGGCCAAAUCGGCCGUCAACAUGCUCGUUUGUGGUUUUCACCAAAUCGCACAUCGAUCCACGUCUGACCUAUUGGUUUUUCAGUCGGCGAAGAUGCAGCAAACCUAUCCUGCUAUGAAAGUUGUUAACAUACAUCCCGGUUGGGUGAAGACAGAUCUUGGCGGUCCAGACGCCCAAAUAGAGACCACCGAAUCAGUCGAGGGCAUGUUAAAAGUCCUUCAGGAUGUCACUAAUGGAACAAAGGAGACAGCAAGAAAGUUCUGGGUCUACGAUGGCACGACGCUACCCUUCUGAGCUCCGAGUUCAAAUGUUCGAGUACCUGUGAAACUGUGUUAUUUGUGUAUGG